AUGGACAACAACAUAUUUUCCGCCUGGAGGGGCAGACACGACGCUCCUGGGAACAACAACUCCUGGUCUGCGACUGCUUCUUCUGCGUCUGCCCCUGGUGCCAUCUCAAACAGCACCGCUGCUACCACGUCCUCCUCUCGCCCUGACGAUGACAGCAAGAACAAGAACAACAACAACAACAACAGGAGCACCAACUAUGGCUUCGGUGGCAGCAACACGAAUUUCAGCAGCAGCGGUGCUGGCUUUGGCGGCAGUAACACCAGUUUCAGCGGUUCUGGCUUCGGCGGCACUAGCUUCAACAGCAACAACGAUACGACGAGCGGCAUCGGAGGAGGAGGAGGAGGAGGAGUUAAUCAGCUCUCGAAGCUGUCUGGUGACAUCGGGACCAUGCAGAUCAGCUCAUCGACCACAACCUCGUCCGGUCCUUUGACGACUCCUACGGCAACUUUAUCAGCUUCGAUCCUGGCCUCGGCGCCCUCUUCUGCGCAGGAUCAGACUGGCGGGGAUGGUGAAGGUUUUUCAUCCUCGCCGUCUCUUGGCGAAAUUCAUGACAGCCAGUCGCGAGAGAUGAGCAAUUUGAACGCGGGCUAUGAUGUCCAUGUCAUUCAGCAGGACCAGAGUUCGCCUUAUCACUCCAUCACGCGCUUUGAAGAACUGAGCUUGCACGAAGAUAUCCUGAAGGGUCUGUACAACAAAAAGUUUGAUCGCCCGUCCAAGAUCCAGGAACACGCGUUGCCACUUCUGAUGAAGAACCCGCCGCAGCAUCUGAUCGGCCAAGCUCAGUCUGGCACGGGAAAGACGGCCGCGUUCUGUCUUGCUGUUCUCAGCCGAAUUAACUUUGACGAUCCGAAUUGCCAGGCGAUCAUCUUGUCACCGACGCGCGAGUUGACCCAGCAGACGGUCGAUGUGAUGAAGGAACUGGCGAGGUACACAACGGCGACGGUUGCGCCUGUGGUCUACCAGAGCGACCGAUGCUACAGCCGCGUCGAUGGACAAAUCGUGAUUGGCACGCCCGGAACAGUCGGCAGGUUGAUCAAGAUCCGCCACUUGAACGUUGCAAAGGUCAGAAUGCUCGUCUUGGACGAAGCCGACUCCAUGCUGGAUAUGCAGAACCUUGGCCAGAUGAGCGUCCAGAUCAAGAGGCUGAUACCGAAUACAGCACAACUGGUCUUGUUCUCGGCAACGUACCCGACUCGCUUCGAGAGGUACAUCGAGGAGUUCCUGGGAAACGCGCCCAAGAACGAGAUCCGCCUUCGCAAGGUCGAGGAGCUUGCAAUUCGAACCAUCCGCCAGUUCUACAUUGACUGCGAGGACGAAGAGGACCGAUUCUCCCUCCUGUCGGACCUCUACAAGGUCAUGACCAUCUCCAAGAGUAUUAUCUUUGUCCACGCACGCGAGGUGGCAGACAAGAUUACGGCACGACUGAUUAGAGCUGGACACUAUGUCAGCCUCUUGCACGGAGGCCUCAGUCCAAACGAGCGCGACAAAUGCAUGGAUGAUUUCCGAAACACGCGUACAAAAGUCCUAGUCGCGACCAACGUCUUGGCGCGCGGGAUCGAUAUCUAUGAUGUCAACAUGGUCGUCAACUACGAUCUCCCCACCACCCUGCGCGGUCCGGAUCGCAAGAAGGUUGCUGACUACGAGGUCUACUUGCACAGAAUCGGACGUACGGGCCGAUUUGGUCGACGUGGGGUGGCCAUCAACUUUGUCCACUCGCUGGAGGCGCAUGAGAUCUUGCAGGAUAUCCAAAACCAUUAUAUGUGUGACAUCCUCAAGAUUGUUACCGACUGGAUGAACCUGGAAGGAAAGACAGGGGACGAGAAGAAGGAGACGCGUCUUGAUAAUAUUGAGGCGUUUAUCAAGAAGACUUUGAAGGGUGUCUAA